AUGCCGCAAGUUGUCUACCCAUCACUAGUUGGCUAUUACGAAUUGUUGAAGACAGUAGGUCAUGGUGGUUUCGGUAAAGUAAAACAAGCAAUACAUUUAUUAACCGGUGAAUUCGUAGCGAUUAAAAUAAUCGAUAAAGCUAAAUUAGGGAGUGAUGUAGUUCGUGUUGCGCUUGAAAUAAAAGCAAUGAAAGAUUUACGUCAUCAACAUAUUUGUCAACUUUAUCAAGUUAUUGAAACAGCUGAAUAUUAUUUUCUAGUCUUAGAGUAUUUUUGUAAUGGUGAAUUAUUCGAUUAUAUUGUAAAUCGAAAUCGUCUAUCCGAAGAACAAGCUCGACAUUUCUUUCGUCAAAUAGUAUCGGCUGUAGCUUAUAUGCAUAAAAAAGGUUAUUGUCAUCGUGAUCUCAAACCAGAAAAUCUCUUACUUGAUCGCCGAGAAAAUUUGAAAUUGAUUGAUUUUGGUUUAUGUGCACAACCAAAAGGUGGUAUUAAUUUAGCAUAUUUAGGUACAGCUUGUGGUAGUCCAGCGUAUGCUGCACCGGAAAUUAUUGCUGGGACGAAUUAUCGAGGUGACGUGGCUGAUAUUUGGAGUCUUGGCGUUCUUCUUUACACAUUGUUAUGUGGUACUCUCCCAUUCGAUGAUGAGAACAUAGCAUCUAUGUAUUCUAAAAUUCAAAAUGGUAUCUACUAUAUGCCACCAUUCUUAUCAUCAGAAAGUGUUGCAUUACUGAGACGCAUGCUUCAAGUUGAUCCAACUAAACGAAUUCGUAUUGAUGAUCUUCUUUGUCAUCCAUGGCUUAUGAAUCAAGUUUACACUGAACCUGUAGAAUGGGAAUCACUUUAUCAAAAUAACUUAGAUCUAUCAUGUAUACGUGAAAUGGCUUUAUAUUAUGACCGUACUGUGAGCGAUAUUGCACAAGAAUUUUAUCAUAAACGAUAUGAUUAUUUGACUGCAACAUAUUUUAUUUUGUUGAAUCUCAAAUCUAGAAAUAAGCCGAUACGCCUUUUACCUAAUCGCAUACAACAGAUCACUUCUCAUAGAACUUAUCGGCAAAAUGAACAAUCAAAUUCUAUUCCAACGAAUUUACUUCGUGAAAAAAAUCCACCGCCAGCUAAUUUUCUUCUUUUAUCUCAACAGGAUAAAAAAAAUUUAUCAUUUCAAAAUGAAAUGAAAUCAGCAUAUAAACAAAAACAUAAAACACCAAAUAAAGAAAAUAUUGAAAAUUCACAGACACCACGUUACGGACAACUAAUACCAAUAUUCAAAGCACCUAAUUGUCAACGAAUCCUCUUGUUUGCUGAAUCACCUAGUGGGCCAAGACGUGUUAGCAUAAAGAAAGAUCAUCGUAUUACUGCUUCAAAAUCUUUUGAUGAUGGCCUUGAUGGUGAUAAUCUUGAUGAUUCAAAGAUUGCUUCGGCACUAAAAGCAUUUUCAGUGGGUGCUGUUGAUAGUGAUGAUUUAGAUGUAUAUUUAACGCCACACCGUCAAAAUAAAAAAGUUCGAUCAUUAUUUGGUAGUGUAGAACGUGGCUUGAAUACCGUUAAACAAAUUCUUACACCAAAACGACUUAAUACAAAUAGACCAAGAAAAACUUGGGAAACAGCUAAUGUAACAUCAUUAAAUUGCGAUGAUUCCGAUCAAUUAUGUGAUUUACUUGAACAAUCUAUUCAAUCUAAUUCUCAACUUAAAUAUAAAGAAAAAGGAAGUCGUUUUAUUUAUGAUGUAUUCAUUGAAGAUGAUUGGGGUAAAAUUGUGCUAGAAUUUAAUCUAGAAAUAGUUGCCGUUCAAGGCAAAGAGUUAGGUAUACAACGUAAACGUACAAAAGGAAGUGCAUGGCAUUAUAAACGAUGUUUUGAAGAUAUUAUUCGACAAAUUAAUCGUCAUUUACCUCAAUUACAAACAUCUGUUUGA